AUGAUCGUUAACGGUGCAUCUGAUCCUAUUUUAUGCCGUUGUUUUCCUUCUUUUUUAGAUGGUCCUGCACUUGACUGGUUUUGCUCUUUGCUUGCAGAUUCUAUUUCCCGAUUUCAGGAAUUGGCAAAGCAAUUUGAGGAUCACUUUGCAGCAUCCGCUAUUUACCUACAUGAUUCAGACUACUUGACGACUGUUAAACAAGGCCCUCAAGAAAGCCUGAAGGACUACAUCACCCGUUUUACGAAAAUAGCAAUGAGGAUCCCUGAUCUUCAUCCUGAGGUCCACCUACAUGCCAUCAAGAGCGGCCUCCGCCCGGGAAAAUUUCAGGAAGCUAUCGCGGUAGCUAAACCAAGGACUCUGGCCGAGUUCCGUGAGAAGGCCAAAGGACAGAUAGACAUCGAGGAACUACGUCAAGCUCGAAAGUCAGAAAAGUCGGCAACCACCAAAGAUGACGAGAAGCCUCGUGAAAGUAGAAACAGCUUCAAGCCAACACCUCGAUACGAGUCAUACACGCAGUUUAAUACCAAACGAGAUGAUAUUAUCAAGGAAAUAUUAAAUUCCAAGCUGAUCAAACCUCCACGGAAAGCCGGGAGUUAUCCAGAGCCGAAAAAUGUCGACAAAUCCAAGUAUUGUACGUUCCAAUCAGAAGUUCGGUCAUACAACCGAUGA